AUGACUUCAAGUUUAGAAAAUGGGGUAUCACACCUUAAUUUAAAUAAAGAUAAUAAUGAAAUUAAUAAUAAUAAUUUAUCAAAUGAUUCAUCAACAAUAAGUUUAAAACAUGAUUAUAUAGAUAGUCCAUUUAGUGGUAAAAAAGAUCAAUUUGAUCAAGUAUUGGAUGUUUUAGAUUCAACUGGUUUUAUACCUGAAUCAUUAUUAGAAUCAGAAACAAAAUGGUUUUAUGAAAAUUUAGGAAUUGAUGAUGUAUUUUUUGCAAGACUGACACCUGAAGAAAUUGCAAGUCAUAUUCAUGCUUUAUAUUCUUGUAAAGUUCAAGCUUUUGCAAGUUCUGGUGAACAACCUUUAAUUUCUUAUAAAAGAGAAGCUGAAGAUCAUGCAGUAUUUUUUGAUACUGUUGAUAUAUUAGAUCAUGAAAGAAAUCCAUUUGAAGGUAGAAUUGAUGAUUUAUAUAUUGAUCCAAGUAAUACUUCAACAAAUAGUUAUAGAACUGAAUAUUUUUGUUCUCCAUUAAAUUAUAAAACUGAUCCAAUUUUAAAUGGUAUUUAUUCAACAAAUUCAAAAUUAGGUGAGCAAUUAGUUCGAUUAUUUUUUGUUUAUAAAAAUCAAUAUAAUUCAAAUGGACCAAUUUCUGCUAAUGAAACCGAUUUAAAUAAAAUUGGUGAUAAAACUUUUUUAAAAAUUGCCUCACAAAAUACAAAAAGUUUAUAUGAAAAUAUUAUUAAAGAUGUUAUUAAAUCAACUGGUCCAAUUAUAAAACAUUUCCCAAUUGAAAAUAGUGAUGAAUAUAGAGUUAUUAUUGGUUAUAAACAAAAUACUGCUGCAAGAUAUAAUUCAGCAUUAAGUGAUUUAGCUAAUUAUUAUAAGUUACAAACUACAAGAAAAUAUGUUGAACAAUUUGCUAAUGGAAUUACUAUAAUUUCAAUGUAUGUUAAAUCAAAAUCAAGAUCUGCAACAACUGAUUUAUCAAUUUAUCAAGUUAUAAAAGAAGCUUCAUUGUUAUAUUGUAUUCCACAUAAUUUUUUCCAUGAAAGAUUUAUUAAAGGUGAUUUAUCAUUACAAGAAUCAAUUUAUGCACAAUCUGGUGUUAUAUUUGUAACUCAUUUCUUAAAUCGUUUAGGACCAGAAUAUAAUAAAUUAACAGCAUUAUUAGAUCCUUCAAAAUCAACUGAACAUGCUGAAGUAUUAAAUAGUUUAAAAAGAAGAUUAAGAGCAGAGACUUAUACUCAAGAUUUUAUUAAAGAAGUUUUUAAUAUCAGAAGUGAUAUUGUACGUAGAUUAUAUCGUCAAUUUGCUGAUGUUCAUUAUAUCAGAUCAUCAAUGGAAAAAACACUUUCUUAUCAAAGAUUAUCACAAAUUCAAUCAGUUGGAUCAGAAGAAGAAUUUGAAAAUUUACUUAACAGAGAAUGUUCACAGAAUGAACAUCAUGCAAUUGUUUUAAGAGCUUUAUAUGCUUUUAAUAAAUCAAUUUUAAAAACAAAUUUUUAUACACCAACAAAAGUUGCUUUAUCAUUUAGGUUAGAUCCAUCUUUUUUACCAGAAUCAGAAUAUCCAGAUCGUCCAUAUGGUAUGUUUUUCGUUGUUGGAUCAGAUUUUAGAGGUUUCCAUAUUAGAUUUAGAGAUAUUGCCCGUGGUGGUAUUAGAAUUGUUAGAUCGAGAUCAUUAGAUGCUUAUAAUGUUAAUGCUAGAAAUCUUUUCGAUGAAAAUUAUAAUUUAGCUAAUACUCAACAACGUAAAAAUAAAGAUAUUCCGGAAGGUGGUUCAAAGGGAGUUAUUUUAUUAGAUUCUGGUUCAGCACAAGAACGUCCACAAGCAAGUUUUGAAAAAUAUAUUGAUGCAUUAAUUGAUUUACUUUUAAAACAACAUAUCCCAGGUGUUAAAGAUAAUUAUGUUGAUUUAUAUAAUAAACCAGAAAUUUUAUUUUUGGGACCUGAUGAAGGUACUGCUGGAUAUGUUGAUUGGGCAACUUUACAUGCAAGAAGUAGAGGUGCACCAUGGUGGAAAUCAUUUUUAACUGGUAAAUCACCACAAAUUGGUGGUAUUCCACAUGAUGAAUAUGGUAUGACUACAUUAUCAGUACGUGCUUAUAUAAAUAAAAUCUAUGAAAAAUUAAAUAUUGAUGAUGCAACUAUACGUAAAUUUCAAACUGGUGGGCCAGAUGGUGAUUUAGGAUCGAAUGAAAUUUUGUUGUCAAGAAAAGAAAAUUAUGUUGGUAUAGUUGAUGGAUCAGGAGUUAUUGCUGAUCCAAAAGGAUUAAAUAAAGAUGAAUUAUUACGUUUAGCUAAAGAAAGAAAAAUGAUUGAACAUUAUGAUAGAUCAAAAUUAUCUAACGAAGGUUAUAUUGUAUUGGUUGAUGAUAUGGAUAUUAAAUUACCAAAUGGUACAGUUGUAACUAGUGGUGUUGCUUUCAGAAAUGUAUUCCAUUUGAAAUUAAAAGAACAAUUUGGAAUUGAUGGAGUUGAUUUAUUUGUUCCAUGUGGUGGUAGACCAGCAGCUAUAGAUACAAAUAACGUACAUGAAUUAAUUGAUGAAAAAACAGGUAAAUCAAUAAUACCAUAUUUUGUUGAAGGUGCUAAUUUAUUUAUAACUCAAUCAGCAAAAUUAAUUUUGGAAAAAGCUGGUUGUAUAAUUUUUAAAGAUGCUUCAACAAAUAAAGGUGGUGUAACAUCAUCAUCAUUAGAAGUAUUAGCAGCAUUAGCAUUUGAUGAUAAAGGAUUUUUAGAAAAUAUGUGUGUUAAUUCAGAAGCUGGAACCAAACCUGAAUUCUAUCAACAUUAUGUUAAAGAUGUACAAACUAAAAUUGUAUCAAAUGCUAAUGCCGAAUUUGAAGCCCUUUGGAAAUUAAAACAAGACACUCAAAUUCCAUUUACAAUUUUAUCAGAUAAAUUAUCUCUCGCUAUAAAUAAAUUGGGUGAUGAAUUAGCAAACUCCAAGGAACUUUGGGACGAUGACGUUGAUUUUAGAAACGCGGUAUUAUUAGAUUCAUUACCACCAUUAUUAUUACAAAAAAUUGGUAUCGAAAAUGUAUUAGCAAGAGUUCCACAAGCUUAUUUAAGAGCAAUAUUUGCAACUUAUUUAGCUUCAAAUUUCGUUUAUACUAGAGGUAUUGAUUCAAAUCCUGCUAAAUUUUUGGAAUUUAUUUCUAAUUUAAGAAAAAAUUUUGUUAAAAAGGGAUUAUUAAAAUAUUAA